AUGAAGGCUACCCCUGAAAUUCCCGUACGGGACGAAGGGUUUUCGUUUUCUAUUGCAACGAAGGUCAGAAUUCGUGUCAGCCAUCUACAGAUAUAUAUACCUGGACAACCAACACAUAUCUGCAAUCAUUAUCAGUGGCAGGACUGGCCAGAUCGAGGUGUACCUGAGGCCGAUAUUGCUCCCGUACUGCUUCUUGGGAAAUUGAGGGAGUCUGCAACUCCAAUAAUCGUACAUUGCUCAGCGGGAAUAGGUCGUACCGGUUCGAUUGUACUCAUAGAACAUGCUCUGGAGCUACUAAGCCGGAAUGAACCGCUGCUCGAGAUUAGUGGUUACUUGCUAGAACUGCGUAAACAAAGGAAUAACAGUGUGCAGACAGAGCAACAAUAUCUUUAUGUGCACCAAGUGCUACUACUAUUUUUGAAGAAAUUUAAGUAUCUGGACGAAGUCGUCUAUCCAUACUUGGAGGCAUUCACUAAAGAUUACAUUGCAGCCACGAAAGGCUUCUAG